CUCUGACUGAGGUGAAAGCAACGACUCUGGACUAGAACCUGAGACGACGCUCCGGAAUCCCAGAUGGUCUUUAGGAAUGGGAGGAGAUGGACCAUGACUUGGGGCCACACACUGGACUUUUGGUGAUAAGGCACUGAACAUUCCGAACAAAAUAGAAAGUACAGAAGACUCCUCAUAUUUUCUUCUGUAAAGGGUCAUGAAAUGAUACACCUGCUGUGAUUUGGAGUUUACCACCCACUGGGAUACUCUUCUUGAAGAAUCCGGGAUUAUAUACACGAAAAAGAGAAGUCUUCAGUGUGAGUUGUUAUCUUGGAAAACAGCUCACUUCUGGUUGUUGGCUCUAACCACAGAGACUUCGCCCAGCAGAACUGAUAAGCUAAAGGACAAAAUCAAUACCUGGGAAAUCAGAGCUCACUGCUCCGUGACCAUGAAUGAGGAAAUAGAGAUAUCAGAGGAGAAGGAUUGGAGGGAGCUUGAACCCAACUACUCCGUCAAAAUCUUCCUCACAAUCUUUUACAGCCUCAUCCUGGUGACGGGUAUCGUGGGUAACUCGGUCACCAUCAGAGUGACACAAGUGCUGAAGCGUAAUGGCUACCUGCAGAAGAACGUUACCGACCACAUGGUUAGCUUGGCUUGCUCGGACUUGUUGGUGCUCCUCAUCGGCAUGCCGGUGGAGCUCUACAGCGCCAUAUGGUUCCCGUUCACGACAGCAGAGGGGAACGCUUCCUGUAAGAUCUACAACUUCCUGUUCGAGGCUUGCAGCUAUGCCACCAUCCUCAACGUGGCCACCCUUAGCUUUGAGCGCUACGUGGCUAUCUGUCACCCGUUUCGCUUCAAAGCGUUGGGUGGAAAACGUACCACUGCCCUCAUCACCUUUGCCUGGCUGUUGUCCGUGGUUGUGGCCCUGCCGUUGCUGGUUGCCACGGGAACGCAGGGACACAUUCCCUUCCUGGCAGAAACACCCGUCCAGAAUCUGACUUUCUGUACAAAUCUGAGGGAGCGAUGGGUGAUGUACAGGGUCAGCAUCUUUGUGGCUUUCAUUGUCUACAUGAUCGUGUUAAUCUGCGUGGCCUUCAUGUGCCGGGCCAUGGUCCUCGUCCUUCGUAGACCUUUAGGGUCCGUGGAUGACACCCUCAACGGAACACCCAAGCACGAAAGUUUAAAGGUCAAGACAGCCAGGAAGCAGACCAUCAUUUUUCUUGGUCUCAUCGUUGGGUCCUUGACGGUGUGCUGGCUUCCCAACCAGAUUCGUCGUCUAAUGAUGGCCGCCGUGCCCAAGUCUCGAUGGACCACUUCCUACUUCCGGAGCUACGUCACUCUCCACCCCUUGGCCGACUCCUUCUUCUACCUCAGCUCCGUCCUCAACCCGUUCCUCUACAACCUCUCCUCCAGACAGUUCAGGGAGGUUUUUCUUCAAGUGAUGCGGUGCCGCCUCACCAUCGAACACAUCAACAAGCGCACAGUGCGGACCUCCAAAGCUGUCUCUACGCGCUCCCUCCAGCCCCUGCUGAUAAAGUCAUUUCGUCGAAGCAGAGCCAACCGUCCCACGUUGGCACAAGAGAAAACUCCUCCUACCUUUACAACCUUUCAGAGUCAAAGUGACUCAGGAGUGGGUUCAAAUACUCAAACGUCUCUCAGCCUGACUGAGGAGUCUGAUACAAUUCUCAAAACAAAGAUAGGUGUACCAUCAGAGACUGAAGUAUAGUGUGCUGUACAAUUUAAUGCAACACAAUGAACAGUAAAAUUAAAUCUGCUUGUGCUGUGCCAUCAGAAUCAAAUAUAGAGCUAUUCCUCAUACACUGAUCACAGUACGUGUUAAGUCAGAAAUUUCAUUAACAGAUCACGCUCAGCUGACAAUUUGGAACAAUAGCAAGCCUGAUGGAACUCCGCAAGAAAUUGUUAUCAAGUCAGAAAAUUAUUAGACAAAAGUUGAAAUAUUCAGUUAUGAAGACCCCCAAAGCUUGAGUAAAAGUUAAAGGUACCCAGCAGAGUUUUUGACCACCAGUCCUUAAUUUUGGAUGUUUGCAUCCCGUGGGAAAACAUCCCACGAGGACCCAUGUACACUCAUAAGCAUGCGGGCGAUACAUUGUACUUGCAAAUGUGCUGUGCAUACAACAAGGCCCCUAGGAACAGGACUGAGCUGUACACAGUUGGAAUAGCGGGUCAGUUGACAUGCACCGGUCAAAAACACUUUCUUCCACAUUCAUCCCAAAGUAAGGACUCUCAUUAUUAGCAUUUUAGCCUUUAGGUCCCUCAAAUUUUUAGAAGUCAGAAACAGCAAUAAACAAGUAAUUCAUUUUGGGGAGCCAGCAUAAAGUCAUUAGGCUCAAUGCAUCAAAUAAAUGCACCAGUCCAAGUUACCAAUAACACUUUUUUGGUGUCAUACAACUUUCAAUGGAAAAAACUGUGGUUUUCUAUGCCUUAAAUGUCAUUUAAACUUUGAUGUCCCAAUGAUGUUAAUACCCCAAUGUACAAGAGGGUGGUAUAUUGGCCCACAUAAAAAUAAAAAAUGUAAAAAAUGUACUUAAUGAAGGAUACCGUUUUUUAUUGGAUUGGAACAUUGAAUCAAAUAAAGGUCUCUUUUAAAUUCUUUUUUUUUUAAACUGCACUGAACAGCAUCUAAAUGUAUGUUGUUUAGCUGAUGUGAGAA